AAAGCUCCGUAGUAGGCCUACAGGACUGCGGUCGGUCCCUGCACAAUCUCUAAAGACAACCCAAGACAGCCCCAAAACGUUCCGUAGCCAUUUUGGCUCAAGAUGCUGGCCCACGCCCGAGUGCGGUAUCGCCCAAGCACUUCCAGUGCCGAAUUAGUUUCGAGCCCCAGUUUCAAGCCCCAGCCCAGUAUCGCCUGGGGCAUGGCAAAGUUGUGUCCGCUCAUGGACGGUGCGAUCGAGAUGUUCAAUGUCUGCUGGGAGUCAGGCAUCUGGCCGUGGCCGCUGGGAGACAUGGAGGAAAGUUGUGAGAUGCAUGCGCCAAAAGUGACGAGGGGGCUGAUCUACUUGGACCAGUGCUUCCGUGGCAUCAGCGAGGUGGUUUUCAUGAACAACCCUGUGUCUGGCUUGGUGAUCAUGGUUGCCCUGAUGAUCUUCGACACGCGCGUUUCCCUCCAUGGUCUUCUCGGCGUACUCGUGAGCACGGGCACUGCGAAGGUGCUGCGCGCUAAGUGCUACAAGGGCUACGAUGGUGUAGACAGCGGGCUGUUCGGCUUCAACGGCUUCCUUGUCGGCCUCGGCGUCGCGACUUUCAUCGCCGAUGACAAACUCGAGUCCAAUGUCGAGCAGGCCAUCAUGGUCACGAUAUUCUCAAUCCUUUGUUGCAUCGUUCAGACGGCUGUCGCUGGCUGGCUCACGCCUAUGCCAUAUCUCACGCUACCGUUCAACAUAUGCGUCAUGCGGCUCCUCGGAGUCGCCCAUUCGUACACGCGGUUCAGCUCUGCAUUGGUGCCUGGAUUGAUGGAUGCCACGGGCGGCCAGAUGACCCCACAGGACUAUUGCAUCCGAGAGCUCUCAGGCGACUCGUGCGACACAGCGCUGGACUACGUCACGGGCUUCCUAGUCGCAACCCUGCACGGAGUGGGCCAGAUCUACCUCGCCCAGAGCACCCUGAGCGGAGCGAUGAUCCUCGUCGCGAUGAGCCUCUGCUCGCCCGCGUGCGCCCUGCUCACGGCGCUGGGCUCGGCGACCGGCUGCGCCACCGCGCUGCUCGUUGGGGGGAACCCCGUCGGCGUGCACGCCGAGCUGUGGGGCUUCAACCCGGCCCUGACCUGCUGUGCCAUCGGGGGAGGGGUCUUCGGAAGCCGAGGACCUCUUCAGUGGUGCGCUGGGGUGUGCGGCGCGGUGGUCACCGUGUUCCUGCAGCACUCCAUGGCAGAGCUCCUGGCUCAGGGAGGCUUCGUGCCCUUCACGGCUCCCUUCUGCCUCGGGUCGCUCUUCCUCCUCGCCGCCGACUUCGUGCCGCCGCACCCCUCCGACGUCGACGAGCUCACGCGCCAGUCGUCGCUCACGGUCAGAGUCGUCGAUGGCUUCAUACCCCGCGGUGGGCGGUGACGAACAGCUCUCUGGUCUCCGAAGACGGCGGCGGGGGGCGCACUGACCCUUGACGCCUCUGGCCUCUGAUCCCGCGGCGGGCGGUGACGAACACCUGGGCAUCCAGGCGCCCGAGCAACGCGGGGCGAAGAAGAUGGGUAUUGGGUGGGGGGGACGCAGACACAACCCCUGGGUGGUUGGGGCGAAAACGUGCUCGGCAGCAGCGCCACGUCGGUCCGCGCAUGCCGCUCCGAUGCGUGCCUUUUCGUGGGUGUGGUCCCGGAGGGGCUGCACGCGCACUCGUGCUGCCGCUCCUGGCGGAGAGGGGCAGACACACGCGUGCCCUUGCGCAGCGCGACGGUAAGCCCGUCUGCGUUGCCCUUUUUUCUGUUCAUAUAUCGUUCUCCCGCCGCUGCGAAUCACCCACUCUUCCCUCUGCCCUCCUCUUCUUCCCUAUCGAAUUCCAUGUUUCUCCGGUCGGAAGUGGUCCGCGUGCGCUUUUGCAUGAUCGCUGCCUGGCAUAAGUGCAAGUUCACUGGCAUCACGCCUGCGCACGCAUGAGCACGCUCGGAGCACCCCGACGCCUCGCGGUUCGCGGGGCGGGGCCCCUCUUUGCUGAGAGGAGGAAAAAAAAGGUCCGCGUGCGCUUUUGGCGCAAGUGCAAGUUCGCUGGCACGACUACGCACGCAGGAGCACCCCGACGCCUCGCGGUUCGCGGGGCGGGGCCCAAUGUUCUGCUGAGAGGAGGAAAAAAGACAGCCCC